GCUGACCAUAGACAUCACAUGUUGUCUGGAUCGUCUCACAAUUUUCUGACUAUGGAUACUGAUGUUUGGAACAAACAGGUUGGAGUUGUACAGGAGACCUGCAGAUAUUUGGGUCAGAUAACUCCUGCUGUCAUGUCAGUUUUGGUUGUCAUUCUAAUUACUGAUGUUUUCUGGUCAUAUAAAACCUUCAACAUGACUUCAACUGUCUGAUGACUUUUACAAUAUUUCUUUCACAGCUUGUGAAUCCAGGUGAAGAUCUGAACAUUAUAUAUGUUACAGAGACAUAUGUGAGGGGUGAUGAGCAGAUUAUAGAGGACAUUCCUACAGAUAUCCGCCCAGAUGACUGUAACAGGAACUCAGAAGAACAUCUGGUGUCUUCACAUUUUAAAGCAGAUGAUCAUGUUAUCACACAAGAUACCUAUGAAAAAUAUGCCAUUAUCACAGAUGUACCCUCUGAUAUUCACAGCAAAAAUCCAUCAUCUGAUGCUAUGAAACAAGCGGAGGAGAAGCCAUUUUCAUGUUCGGAAUGUGGGAAAUGUUUUGCUUGGAAAUCAGAUUUCGUUAGGCAUAAGAAAAAUCAUACAGGGGAGAAGCCGUUUUCAUGUUUAUAUUGCGGAAAAUGUUAUAACCAGAAAUCAGAUCUUGUUGUACAUCAGAGAUGCCACACUGGGUCGAUGCUAUUUAGAUGUACAGAAUAUAAUAAAUGUUUCAACCAGAAAUCAGAUCUUGUUAGACAUCAGAGAAUUCACACAGGGGAGAAGCCAUUUUCAUGCCCAGAAUGUGGGAAAUGUUUUACUCAAAAAUCAAGUCUUGAUUACCAUCAGAGAAGUCACACAGGAGAGAAGCCAUUUUCAUGUUCAGAAUGUGGGAAGUGUUUUACAUUGAAGUCAAAUCUUCUUAAACAUGAGAGACGUCACACAGGGGACAAGCCGUUUUCAUGUUCAGAAUGUGGGAAAAAUUAUAGUUCUAAAUCGGCUCUUCUCAUUCAUCAGAGAAUUCACACAGGGGAGAAGCCAUUUUCAUGUUCAGAAUGUGGGAAGUGUUUUACGUUGAAGUCACAUCUUCUUAGACAUGAGAGACGUCACAUAGGGGACAAGCCGUUUUCAUGCCCAGAAUGUGGGAAAAAUUAUAGUUCUAAAUCAGCUCUUCUCAUUCAUCAGAGAAGUCACACAGGGGAGAAGCCAUUUUCAUGUUCAGAAUGUGGGAAGUGUUUUACAUUGAAGUCAAAUCUUCUUAAACAUGAGAGACAUCACACAGGGGACAAGCCGUUUUCAUGUUCAGAAUGUGGGAAAAAAUAUAUUUCUAAAUCAGCUCUUCUCAUUCAUCAGAUAAUUCACACAGGGGAGAAGCCAUUUUCAUGUUUAGAAUGUGGGAAAUGUUUUAACAAGAAAUCAAAUCUUGUUACACAUAAAAGAAUUCACACAAGGGAGAAGCCAUUCCUCUGUUCAGAAUGUGGGAAAUGUUUUAACAGGAAAUUACAUCUCGUUACACAUCAGAUAAUUCACACAGGAGAGAAGCCAUAUUCAUGUUCAGAAUGUGGGAAAUGUUUUACAAACAGAUCAAGUCUUUUGAUACAUAGGCAUAUUCACACAGGGGUGAAACCAUAUUCAUGUUCUGAAUGUCAGUGUUCACACUGCUGUAUUGAGCUUCACUUAGCCAUGCGUUUGGACUGUGACCAAUGCAACUCAUUGGGGUCUCGGUCCACCAAUCCUCCCGAUUCUGACCACGAGAUGCCCCUCUUCUCCAGGCAUCACCGGACCCUCCAAACUAAGGCCUUUCUCAGCUUUGUGGCCCCCUAG